UGUGACCCGUGUCUAUCCCUCUGUGUCUGUCCCUCUGUCCGUUCCCCUGUCCCUCCACCUCCGUGCCCUGCAGCAACUGAAGCAGCAGCGGGACAAGCUGCGGCAGUACCAGAAACGCCUGAGCCUGAACCUGGAGCGGGAACGGGCACUGGCACGGCAACUGCUCAAGGACGGCAAGAAAGAGAAAGCUGUUCUGCUGCUGAAGAAGAAACGAUACCAAGAGCAACUUCUGGACAAAACAGACAACCAGAUCAGCAACCUGGAGCGAAUGGUCCAGGACAUUGAAUUCACCCAGAUUGAAAUGAAGGUCAUUGAGGGCCUCAAAAUAGGCAAUGAGUGUCUGAACAAGAUGCACCAGGUGAUGUCCAUAGAGGAAGUGGAAAGGAUAAUAGGAGAGACCCAGGAUGCUGUGGAUUACCAGAGGCAAAUAGAUGAGCUCUUGGCUGGCAACCUGACUGAGGAGGAUGAAGAUGCCAUUCUAGAGGAAUUAAAUACUAUUACUCAGGAACAGUUGGAGCUUCCAGAAGUUCCCUCCGAGCCGCUCCCAGAGAAGAUCCCAGAGGAGUCAGCCGUCAAGAACAGGCCAAAGCCAGAGCUGGUGGCAGCAUCUUAACUCCCACUACUGGGGAUUCCCCCACGACACUUGCACCCAGGACAGUUUGCCAUGCCAUGUGCUGGGAGCAGGCAAUGCCUCGGCAGAUCCCAGCUGUGCUGGGCAGGGUGUGGAGCAGCAUUCCCUGCACAGGAUGGGGAACCUCAGCCCAUGAUUGCUCUUGUAUCAAGAUUAUUUUCUAGUGCUUUCUUUUUUUUGUAACUUAAACCCUAAACUCACUCAGCUGCACUGUCUCGGGAUUAAACAGCAACUCUAAACUUCCGAAGCCAAA